AACAUGGAAGGUGAAAAUAAAUCAGUUCUUGUCGAAUUUUUCCUACGAGGACUGACAGAUGAUACAGAGGUGCAGCCCUUCAUCUUUGGCCUGUUUCUAUGUGCUUACCUGAUUACCAUCUUUGGAAAUCUUCUUAUAAUGUUGGCCAUUAAGUGUGACUCCCAUCUCCACACCCCCAUGUACUUCUUUCUCUGUCAUCUGUCUGUCAAUGAUAUGUAUUUAGUCAGCAUCAUAGUUCCAAAGAUGCUGCUAAACAUACAAACACAAGAUCAAAGGAUCACGUAUGCAGGCUGCCUCAGCCAGGGCUUCUUUGUUGCAGUUUGUACAUUAUUUGAGUGUUUCCUUCUUGGAAUAAUGGCAUAUGAUCGCUAUGUAGCCAUUUGUUAUCCUCUAACAUACAAAGUCAUCAUGAGCCCCUGCUUCUGUGUUACUCUGAUUCUUCUCUCUCUGUUCAUCAGUGUUGCUAAUGGUCUGCUGCAUAGUAUGAUGCUGCUGCACUUGUCCUUCUGCACAGACUGGGAAAUCCUCCAUUUCUUUUGUGAAAUUGCCCAAGUCAUCAAGCUGGCCUGUUCUGACAGCCUCAUUAACAACAUUUUGAUAUUUGUUACAGCUUCUAUUUUUGCGGGUGUUCCCCUGAUUGAAAUCAUUUUCUCUUAUAUUCAUAUUGUAUCUACAGUCUUGAAACUGCCAUCAUCUGAAGGAAAGUACAAAGCAUUUUCCACUUGUGGGUCUCAUUUGUCAGUCGUUUCCUUGUUCUAUGGGACAGGUUUUGGUGUAUACAUUACCUCAUCAGUAAUUGAUUCACCCAAGGAGAUUGCUGUGGCUUCAGUGAUGUAUUCUGUAGUUCCUCCAAUGAUGAAUCCCUUUAUCUAUUGUUUGAGGAACAAAGAUAUGAAGGAGGCACUGCAGAAAGUUUUUGGUAGGGCACCUCUUCUGUGA